CGAACAGUCCGGGUCCCUCCCAGACGGGAGCAGCACAGGCGGUGCCCCGCGACCGCGGAGCCAUGGACGGCAGCGGCCCCUUCAGCUGCCCCAUCUGCCUGGAGCCGCUCCGGGAGCCAGUGACGCUGCCCUGCGGCCACAACUUCUGCCUCGCCUGCCUGGGCGCGCUGUGGCCGCACCGCGGCGCGGGUGGCGCCGGCGGGCCGGGAGGCACGGCCCGCUGCCCGCUGUGCCAGGAGCCCUUCCCCGACGGCCUGCAGCUCCGCAAGAACCACACGCUGUCCGAGCUGCUGCAGCUCCGCCAGGGCUCGGGCCCGGGGCCCGGCCCCGGCCCCGGCCCGGCCCGGGCCCCCGAGCCGGUGGCGCCCAGUGCGCCGCCCAGCGCCCCGGAGCCGUCGGCUCCCUGCGCGCCGGAGCCGUGGCCGGCGGGCGAAGAGCCGGUGCGCUGCGACGCGUGCCCCGAGGGCGCCGCCCUACCCGCCGCGCUCUCCUGCCUCUCCUGCUUCGCCUCCUUCUGCCCCGCGCACCUAGGCCCGCACGAGCGCAGCCCCGCGCUGCGCGGACACCGCCUGGUGCCGCCGCUGCGCCGGCUGGAGGAGAGCCUGUGUCCGCGCCACCUGCGGCCGCUCGAGCGCUACUGCCGCGCGGAGCGAGUGUGCCUGUGUGAGGCCUGUGCCGCCCAGGAGCACCGGGGCCACGAGCUCGUGCCGCUGGAGGAGGAGCGCGCGCUCCAGGAGGCCGAGCAGCCCAAAGUCCUGAGCGCUGUGGAGGACCGCAUGGACGAGCUGGGAGCGGGCAUCGCACAGUCCCGGCGCACGGUGGCCCUCAUCAAGAGUGCAGCCGUGGCAGAGCGGGAAAGGGUGAGCCGGCUGUUUGCCGAGGCUGCGGCCGUCCUGCAGGGGUUUCAGACAGAGGUGCUGGCCUUCAUCGACGAGGGGGAGGCGACCCUGCUGGGCCGCUCCCAGGGCGACCUGCGGCGGCAGGAGGAACAGUGCAGCCGGCUCAGCCGGGCCCGCCGCAACCUCAGUCAGGUCCCUGAAGCCGACUCGGUCAGCUUCCUGCAGGAGCUCCUGGCGCUCAGGCUGGCCCUGGAGGAGGGAUGCGGCCCUGGGCCCGGGCCCCCAAGGGAGCUCAGCUUCACCAAGUCAUCCCAGGCCGUGCAGGUGGUACGAGACGGCCUGGCUUCAGCCUGCACCAGCCAGUGGGAGCAGCUGCAGGGGCUGGGCAGCGACGAGGACGGGCUGCAGAAGCCAGGCACGGAAGCAGAUGCUGAGUCCCAGGACCCCGAAAGCACCAACAGCCUGGAGAGUGAGGCUCCCAGGGAUUACUUCCUCAAGUUUGCCUACAUUGUGGACCUGGACAGCGACACGGCAGACAAGUUCCUGCAGCUGUUUGGAACCAAGGGUGUGAAGAGGGUGCUGUGUCCCAUCAACUACCCCGAGUCUCCCACCCGCUUCACCCACUGCGAGCAGGUGCUGGGCGAGGGCGCCCUGGACCGGGGCACCUACUACUGGGAGGUGGAGAUCAUUGAGGGCUGGGUCAGCGUGGGAGUCAUGGCCGAAGACUUCUCCCCGCAAGAGCCCUACGACCGGGGCCGGCUUGGACGCAAUGCUCACUCCUGCUGCCUGCAGUGGAAUGGACGCAGCUUCUCCGUCUGGUUCCACGGGCUGGAGGUGCUCCUGCCCCAGCCCUUCUCGCCCACCGUCGGGAUCUGCCUGGAAUAUGCUGACCGAGCCCUGGCCUUCUACGCCGUGCGGGAUGGCAAGAUGAGCCUUCUGCGGAGGCUGAAGUCCUCCCGGGCCCGCCGGUGUGGCACCCCAGCCUCCCCGGUUGACCCCUUCCAGAGCCGCCUGGACAGCCACUUUGCGGAGCUCUUCACACACAGGCUCAAGCCCGCCUUCUUCCUGGAGAGCGUGGAUGCCCAUCUGCAGAUCGGGCCCCUCAAGAAGUCCUGCAUAUCCGUGCUGAAGAGGAGGUGAUGCAGGGGGCACGGGGCCUCCUCCCGCUGCUGUCCCAGCUCCUGGGAAGCUUGCUUCUCUGCACCCCUGCUUUGCCCCAGGGAAGACACCAGCCUUGGAGUCCCACACAUUCCCCAGGCUUCUAAUUUCUAGAGGCCUCCACCUUCCAUAUACAAGGUCUUCCACCUCUCAGGGAGGAGGCUGAGACCCUGUCCCCCUGCAGGCCUUGUUUCUGGGAGAAGGCACUGCAGCUUGGACAGCUCCAGGGUUACCCCGACCUUUCCUCUCCCAGGUUCUUGGGACAGUGCCUGGCACAUAAUAGGUGCUCAAUAAACAUUUGUCGAAUGAA